AUGCUCCCGGCAGCCCUGCUGCUCCUGCCCUCGCUGCUGGCGCUUCUGGCUCACGGACUCUCCUCAGAGACCCCAACCAUGGGGGAAGGUCAGGCCCCAGGCAUCGAGGAGACGGAUGGGGAGUGGACAGUAGCCCCCACACCUGAGCAGCCAGAACGAGGCAUCCACUUCGUCACAACCGCCCCCACCCUGAAGCUGCUCAACCACCACCCGCUGCUCGACGAGUUCCUACAAGAGGGGCUGGAGACAGGCGAAGAGCUGAGGCCGGCACUGCCUGAUCCACCUACGCCACAGACCCCAAGUCCCCUUCCCCGCCUGGCCAACCAGGACAGCCGCCCAGUCUUCACCAGCCCUACUCCAGCCAUAGCUGCAGCACCCACUCAGCCCCUGUCCAGGGAAGGACCCUGGAGCCUGGAGUCAGAGCCCCCAGAGCUUCAUGUCACAGCUCCCCUACCUCCAGGGCCCAGCAUGGCAGUGCCCACCACAGGCCCAGGGGAGAAGCUGGGUACUACACCCCCUAGCAGAGCAUGGACUCCAACCCAAGAGGGUCCUGGAGACAUGGGCAGGCCCUGGGCUCCAGAGGUCAUGUCCCGGACCACAGGGAUUGGGAUUGAGGGGACCAUCGCCACCUCCACGGCUUCAGGGGAUGAUGAGGAGACCACCACCACAACCACCAUCAUCACCACCACCAUCACCACAGUCCAGCCACCAGGCCCUUGUAGCUGGAAUUUCUCAGGCCCAGAGGGCUUUCUGGACUCCCCCUCGGCUCCCAGUUCACCCCAUGAUGUCGGCAUGGACUGUUUCUACUACAUCUCUGUCUACCCUGGCUACGGCGUGGAAAUUAAGGUCCGGAACAUCAGCCUGCGGGAAGGGGAGACGGUGACUGUGGAGGGCUUGGGGGGACCUGACCCGCUGCUUCUGGCCAACCAGUCUUUCCUGCUGAGGGGCCAAGUCAUCCGAAGCCCCACCCACCAAGCAGCUCUGAGGUUCCAGAGCCUCCCACCACCUGCAGGGCCUGGCACAUUCCAUUUCCACUACCAAGCCUAUCUCCUGAGCUGCCACUUUCCCCGACGUCCAGCUUAUGGAGCUGUGACCGUCACUAGCCUCCAUCCAGGAGGCAGUGCCCGCUUCCAUUGUGCCACUGGCUACCAGCUGAAGGGUGCCAGGCUCCUUACCUGUCUCAACGCCACUCAGCCCUUCUGGGAUUCCCGGGAGCCCAUCUGCAUUGCUGCCUGCGGUGGAGUGAUCCGCAAUGCCACCACCGGCCGCAUUGUCUCGCCUGGCUUCCCGGGCAACUACAGCAACAACCUCACCUGCCACUGGCUGCUGGAGGCUCCCGAGAGCCAGCGAUUGCACUUGCACUUUGAGAAGGUUUCCCUGGCAGAGGAUGACGACCGGCUCAUCAUCCGCAAUGGGGACAACGUGGAGGCCCCGCCCCUGUAUGAUUCCUAUGAGGUGGAGUACCUGCCCAUUGAGGGCCUGCUCAGCUCCGGCCGACACUUCUUUGUGGAGCUCAGCACUGACAGCAGCGGGGCAGCUGCAGGCAUGGCCCUGCGCUAUGAGGCCUUCCAGCAGGGCCAUUGCUAUGAGCCCUUUGUCAAAUACGGCAACUUCAGCAGCAGUGCACCCUCCUACCCUGUGGGUACCACCGUGGAGUUCAGCUGCGACCCUGGCUAUACCCUAGAGCAAGGCUCCAUCAUCAUUGAGUGUGUUGACCCCCAUGACCCUCAGUGGAAUGAGACAGAGCCAGCCUGCCGAGCUGUGUGCAGUGGGGAGAUCACAGACUCAGCCGGCGUGGUGCUCUCCCCCAACUGGCCGGAGCCCUAUGGCCGUGGGCAAGACUGCAUCUGGGGCGUGCACGUGGAGGAGGACAAGCGCAUCAUGCUGGACGUCCGAGUGCUGCGCAUAGGCCCUGGUGAUGUACUUACCUUCUAUGAUGGGGAUGACCUGACAGCCCGGGUUCUGGGCCAGUAUUCUGGGCCCCGAGGCCACUUCAAGCUCUUUACCUCCAUGGCCGAUGUCACCAUCCAGUUCCAGUCAGACCCUGGGACCUCGGUGCUGGGCUACCAGCAGGGCUUUGUCAUCCACUUCUUUGAGGUGCCCCGCAAUGACACAUGUCCAGAGCUGCCUGAGAUCCCCAAUGGCUGGAAGAGCCCGUCACAGCCUGAGCUGGUGCAUGGCACUGUCGUCACUUACCAGUGCUACCCUGGCUACCAGGUGGUGGGAUCCAGUAUCCUUAUGUGCCAGUGGGACCUAACCUGGAGUGAGGACCUGCCCUCCUGCCAGCGGGUAACUUCCUGCCAUGACCCUGGGGAUGUGGAGCACAGCCGACGCCUCGUAUCUAGCCCCAAGUUCCCCGUGGGAGCCACGGUGCAGUAUAUCUGUGACCAGGGUUUUGUGCUGACGGGUAGUGCCAUCCUCACCUGCCAUGACCGCCAAGCCAGCAGCCCCAAGUGGAGCGACCGGGCCCCCAAAUGUCUCCUGGAACAGCUCAAGCCAUGCCACAGCCUCAGUGCCCCCGAGAACGGUGCCUGCAGUCCUGAAAAGCGGCUACACCCAGCGGGGGCUACUGUCCACUUCUCAUGUGCCCCUGGCUAUGUGCUGAAGGGCCAGGCCAGCAUCAAGUGUGUACCUGGGAACCCCUCACACUGGAGUGACCCCCCACCCAUCUGCAGGGCUGCCUCUCUGGAUGGGUUCUACAGCGGCCGCAGCCUGGAUGUUGCCAAGGCACCUGCUGCCUCCAGCACCCUGGAUGCUGCCCACAUGGCAGCUGCCAUCUUCCUGCCACUGGUGGCAAUGGCGCUCUUGGUGGGAGGUGUGUACCUCUACUUUUCCAGGCUCCAGGGAAAAAAGCCCAUGCAGCUGCCCAGAACACGACCCCGCGCCUAUGACCGAAUCACCGUGGAGUCAGCAUUUGACAAUCCAACCUAUGAGACUGGAGAGAUGAAAGAAUAUGAAGUAUCCAUCUAG